AUGGCAGGGAUCAAGAAAGUUGAUCAAAACAGCGCGGUGCUGGAAUAUAAUCCCGAGCACGAGGGAGAGUCAAAUUCUCAGUUACCACGCCGCUCAUUUCGAUCCUUCAUCUGGGACACAGAUACUCACUUGAAGUCACCCGAAGAGCGCCGACUACUUCUCAAACUAGAUGCUGCCAUUCUCAGCAUUGGCUGUCUGGGUUUCUUCAUGAAAUAUUUGGACCAGGGCAACCUUUCAAAUGCUUAUGUGUCAGGCUUACAAGAAGCCCUAUCGAUGUACGGCAAUGAGUAUACAUACGCCGGGACUGCGUAUACGGUCGCUUAUGCUGCUAUGCAGAUCCCCAGUACUCUGAUUAUUCAACGUGUUCGACCUAGUAUAUGGCUUGCAGCGAUGGAAGUUGGCUGGGCUAUAUUCACUUUUGCGCAGGCUGGCAUGCAAAAUGUCGGAGAGCUUUAUGCUUUCCGCUUCCUCGUCGGAUUCUUUGAAAGUUCAUUUUUCCCUGUACUGUUGUAUGUCUUGGGAAGUUGGUAUACUAAAACAGAGCUUGCAAAGAGGGUUGCCCUUUUUCAUAUGACAGCACCAUUGGGCUCUGCCUUUGGUGGAUACCUACAAGCUGCAGUGUAUAAGAAUCUCAAUGGGGCCCAUGGGCUGGCUGGAUGGAGGUGGUUAUACAUUGUCUGCGGGUGCAUGACCAUUCCUGUCGGAAUUGCAACCUACUUUUUGCUUCCUGAUACCCCAUUUACCACGCGUGUGUGGUAUCUCUCGAAGAGCGAACGCAACCUUGCUGAAGAGCGAGUUCGGAAGGCGGGAAAAGCAGCACCGGCGAACAUAAAUUUAGCGACAUUCAAGAGAAUUCUUAGCUCAUGGAAGUGGUACGUUUUUGUUUUUGGAUAUGUGUUAUACGGAUCAUCGUGUGGAAGCGGCAGCUACUUUGCUAUCUGGCUCAAAUUUGAGGGUUUCUCAGUCGUUGAUCGAAACAUCAUCCCAACUGGAACUUCUUUGAUUGGUGCGGCCUGUGUUGUACUCUGGGGUUUCCUUUCAGAUUAUACUGGGAGCAGAUUUGCUUUCGUUAUUAUACCGCUUAUUCUCGGACUUGUUCCUAACGGUAUUUUGGCCGCGUGGCCUGCGAGUGUUCCCCUAAAAGAAUUUGCAUUCCUAACGACGAACGUUCAACUUAUGACAGCCGUGUUUUACACUUGGGCUAACGAAGUAUGUGCCGACAAUAACGAAGAAAGAGCAGUUGUCGUUAGCAGUAUGAACGGUUUUCAGUACGCUGUGGCUGCUUGGCUACCCAUUGUGAUUUUUCCACAGACGAUGGCUCCCAGCUUCCGUUACGGAUUUCCAGCAACCUUUGGACUGGUCAUUGCCGCAAUAUUUGGCGUCAUUAUCAUUCAAUUCUUUGUUCUUCGUGAUAGCAGAAAGACCAAAGGAAGGGUCAUUUUGACUGAAGAGCCAAAUCAGACCGAGGUGGCUUAG